GGCCCGCCCGCCGGGAUGGGGCAGCGGCUGCGGGCGGCUCCCCGCGCUGCCCGGCCCUGGGAGGCCUCCAGCGCCGCGGGCCCCGGGGGUGGGGGCGAGGAUUUGUGUCCGCAGCCUGCUCCGCCUCCGGCCUUGCUGCCGGCCGGCCCCGUACGGGCUCGGCGACGCGGGCAAGAGGCUCCCGGCAUCCAUCCAGGAGACUCGGCCAAGCCUCGGGCUUCACUUGUUGCUGCUCCGCGCUGCUGCAGGGCCGAGGCUUGUCCGCUGCGCCGGGGUCCGCGGCCAGCGCAGCCCGCGCUCUGGGUCGGCCCCCCGGUCCCUGCUGUCUGGCCGGGGCAGAGAGCAGUUGACUACAUCCAGUUGAAAGUGCCAGUUAUUCAGCAGCUGUACCACUGGGACUGUGGGCUAGCCUGCUCCAGGAUGGUUUUGCAGUACAUGAAUCAUUUGGAUGACGAUGAGUUUCAGAAGGCCAUCCGGGAACUUCGAUUAACAAAGAGCAUCUGGACCAUUGAUCUGGCCUACCUAAUGCGGCACUUUGGCGUGAAGCAUCGGUUCUGCACACAGACGCUUGGAGUGGACAAGGGCUAUAAAAACCAGUCAUUCUACAGGAAGCACUUUGACACGGAAGAGAACCGGGUGAACCAGCUGUUUGCACAAGCCAAAGCCUGCAAGGUGCUGGUGGAGAAAUGCACGGUGACUGUCCAGGACAUACAGAAGCACCUGUCCCAAGGUCAUGUAGCCAUUGUUCUGGUGAAUGCAGUCCUGUUACUGUGUGAACUUUGUUCAAGCCCCGUCAAAUAUUGCUGCUUCCUCCCCAUUGGCCAGAAGUGCUUCUGCAGGAACCCUGACUACCAGGGCCAUUUUAUUGUUUUGUGUGGCUACAACAAAGCCUCAGGGAGUAUCUACUACAACAACCCUGCCUACGCUGACCGAACAUGCAGCACCAGUAUCAGUAACUUUGAGGAAGCCAGGACAAGUUAUGGGACAGAUGAGGAUAUUCUCUUCAUCUACAAGGACAGCUGACAUCCAAGUCUGGUACUUCCUGUCAUUCAAGGCGCGGUCUACCUAGUGGCUGCAUAGCAGCUGGCUGCUUGUCUCAGGACUCUCACUGCACAGACUUUGCUCCUGAAUUGCAGUGGGAUUUUAAAUAAGGGAUGCUUUAUAGACAUUCGUAGAACUAUAUUGCAGUGCUAUCUUCAUCUGUUUAUUCCUGAUGAAUUAUUUGAUGUUGCAAGAUAUAUAUAUAUUAUACACACUUUUACAUUUUAACAUUGCACAUUUGACAGCAUUAUAAAAUGUAGUCCCACCUGUCAGGCUUUCUGUCAGCUGCCUGUUUCUGAAUUAAACAUACAAAAUAAGAUACACCAAGUGCAUGAACUAAAUCAUCAUUUGGGAGUUUAAGCACAGGCUUUACUAAAGAGAAUGAGAGGUAGAAGGACAGCAAAUACCUGUUUCACUCUGGUUUGCCUUCAGAACUGCAAGGCCUGAUCUUCAUCUGAGAUCGAAAUAGCAGUGAGCCAGUCAGAUGUAGUAAAGAAAAAAAAAAAGAUGAUUAACCUAACCAACAGAUUUUUUUUUCUUGAAGGAAGAAAAUGAACUUGUCAGCUUGUGACACAACGAUGGCAGAAUCUUUUUAGUUCUGUCGCAUUAUGAGAAUGAAAUGUAUUUACUGUAGCCCAUUUCCUGUAUAAUCUCAGCUGGACUGCCCUUACCACCUGUACUUCUGGGCUGAGUUUGCAGUAUGAUCUUCUCUUCAACAGAUGUACAGUUCUUCCCAUGACGGGCUACAGGAUACUCUUUCCCAGCACUAAGUACUUGAAGCAUUAUUUCACCUAUCCUACUACAUCGGAUGAGUUAAACUCCUCCAGAAUAUCUUGCCCAGAGUCCGUAUUACCCCAGGACACUGAAUAAUGGCAUUUUAUUUGGGUCUAGGGAUUUUUGAGUCUCUUAACAAAGACCUGAGAACACCUUUCCUCCCAUGAUGCCAUCCACAUAUGCAAUUUUCUCCAGUAUUUGGAGAGGGAACAAGUCUUUGUACACAUUUUAAGCUGAUUAAGCAAAUGCAGUAAGUAACCUCUGACACACUAAGGGGUUUAUGCUAUGUGUGAACAGACACAACAGACUUUGCCAAAAGGCUGCAUUGUAACUCGAGGCCAAAUUUUUCUGUUGAGAUUCAGCUGGGGACCUCCCACAAGUAGGUGCAAGGAGUGCAGGCUUCUCUUGGUUGAAAUAAAAAAGACAUUAGGACAGGAACUCAGACUUUCUACCUCUUCUGUGCUUUGAAUUAAGCAGCAGUAGUUUCACUCCAUUAUGGUGUUUUAAGCUAAACUAAGAUUUAGGGGGCUGCACAUGGACUGCUACAACAUACUUAUUUGUAGUCAGUUAUCUGAGCAGCUCUGUGUGGUACAGAAAACAGCUACCAAGUUCACAAGUUUACCUGUAGAAGUCCUGGAAAUACUGACUCCUAGUCUUGCCACUUUACAUUCAGUUCUGAAUUUUGUUCACAACAAUCUAUAUGUGCUUGAUUAGAUGACCUUUAGUGUGUAGAGCUCAGCUAGACAGUGUCAACUACUUCCAGCCCAAAACGUGACCUCCCAUAAAAUGGUAACAACUGAUCAGAACUGCCCUCCUAAUUCCAAAGUUUUUUUUGUAAGGAAUAUUAUUACCAAUGCCGUAGGGUCUAUGUUAUAAUUUUGCAUCCAGACAACCAACAGAGUGUAUGCUUCUUAUAACCACUGUCUUUUCUAAAGCUGUUCUGGAGAGCUUAACUGAGCAGAAUAGUACAGGAUUGUUCUCUGCAGGUAAACACAUUGAAGAGGUAUUCAGUGUUUAUCACAUGAUAAAAGACAAAAGUUAUAAGGAAAAAAAUAUCUAUGAUCAGUUGGCUUGCAAACACUAUAGAGUGCCAGUAAAGUACCUGUAAUGUGUGUGCUCAGUAUAAUCUUGAGUGCCUCCUCCUUACAAAGCUUGGAAUAUAGGUACAGAGGAGGAAAAUACAGCUGCUUUUAAGUGUAAAAAAAAUGAGCAGUGAGUAGGUGCUAUGAGGAAGCCAUGCAUUUGAACUCCCAUUUCUUUGAGAUUGGAAUGUAUUGAGGCACUUGCUGCAAGUGACCAGGAAUUAGGAUGUAAAUGUGGGAGGGGGGGAACAGAAUAGAGGCAUCAGUGCCAUUGUUAAGACUUAGUGCAGUGGUCCUGGGGCCAAAACCAGAAACAGGUAUUGCCUUAUCAUUUCUACAGACUAAACCACCAUGUGGCCACUGACAGAAUUCUGUGGCCAAGUCCAUCUGUAUGAUGUUUGAGUUAAGAAGAUCUUAUUAGCUAUAUUACUAAUUAACCCGUCUGUAAACUAAUUACAGGCUCAUACAAUACCUCUCUAAUCCAUACUUUCUCCAGUCAGGUAACUCAUUCAACCUUAUCAAAUCACCAUGGAAUUUAUUUUCUAAAAAAAGAUCUUUUAAGCCCAAUGAAAACAGUUAUUACAGAAAAGAGUAAUAUCUUUCACUAAGCAGCAAGUCUGAACUGGACUCCACUGGUUUUGCUAUUCAGAUGGAGAACCAUGCAUUAAACCAUGGGAGGGAAGCCCUAGAUUGUACAUGAAUCACUACAGAGGCAAAACUGAAUCUUGUUUCAUUGUGAAAGUACCUAGUAUAAGUGGGUUUGAAAAAUAAGUGUGGGUGUAACUAUUUUUACUGCUGUUGUAUUAAGUGUUUGGGUAUCUGGACUUCAAACAGUUCAAUAGAAUGUAAUGAUUAAAAAAAAAAAUCAGUUUAUCAAGUGACAAAGGGAAAAAAAACCAUGGGACACCCAUUGCAAUAGCAUCUCCUACAAGUCAAGUGAAAGAAUGAUGUGGGAAAUGAAAACAAAAGAGGCAGAAGCCAUGUGAAGACAGUUAAUACAGAGUAUUUGCAGGGAUUAAAACUUUAGGUUAAAAAGAGAUUGGGCAAAAAUUCAGAAUGUCAAAAUUCUCUUAACACAUACCUAAUUUUUUUCUGUUUGAAGUUUGUUCACUCUGAGAAUGUUUGUCUAAUACUUUUUUAUCCUCACUGUCCACAGCAAAAAAGGGAUAUUUUACAUGCAGAGAUAUUUUAUACAUAAAUAUAUUUUUGUUUGUAAUUGAACCAUUCACAAUAAAGGUUUAAAGUCACUGAUAACCCUAUGGAAUACUGUAA